GUAUUGUUGGAGGAGCACCCUGCUUUGCGUUCAAAGUCGAAGGGACAUGGGUUCCAUUUCUUGCCCCCAAAAUGAAUACAUGGCGAAACAUGACUCUGUCAAUCGUGUUUGACAGAGUAUUAAGGUUGAACGAUGGGGCAACAACAGAGGUGAAAGGUCGAUAUGCAUUGGACAUGUGGCGUGUUCUGGAGGCGCAGGGCGAGUUCAGGCUGAACGAUUUUUUGUACGACAGUUUUGAUUGCGGACAGGCAUGGGUGAUUGGCGGGAACGACGCAACAGGGAGUACGGCGUGCCAUGAGAGCGAUGCGAGGAGGGAUCCUAGGUGGGGUUGGGUGCCAUAUGUGAUCCCGAUUCCAUGUGGCCGUGUGAGGAUGAUGAUGCGUGAUGCCAUGGGAAAUGUCUGGAGCAUGCAUUAUGUGAAUGACAACUUCUCCUUCAGGCACCUCGACAGGGAGGUUUCAGAAGACGAGAAGAAGGCAAUGGCAUGUCCUACCCAUACUGCCGACUGUUUUUUCCCACCGCUUCGAAACCCUGUGGAGUCGGAGGUGGUUGUUGGGGAAGUUUUCACUGUGGUUGAUGGCAAGGUGACGAUGGCAGCAAGACUGCAAUCAGGGCAUUGGCUCACAUUGGGAUGGAUGCAUGCAGGCAUUGUGGAGCAUUGGCAGUUCCUCGUGGUUCUGGCACGCGUCUCAAUUUUCAAUGUGAAUGUAAAGGACCACGUGCUGGUGGUUGAAUACGCAAAGCGCUGCUGGGAGAAGAUAAGGGAGGAGGAGCGUCAGAUGGUGUGCGCGUGUUAUGACUCCAUGGCUGACCAGGGGAUGUGGUCCAUGGUUGAGGGGAGUUGUACGGGCCAAGAGCACGGCGACGGUCAGAACAGAUACAUGGCUCGCAUUCGCUGCAGGCGCGGUUGCACGACCGUUCUUGGUUGGGUCCCGGUCGUAUGUCCCAUGACAUAUGAUCAUGGUGGAGACAUUAUCAUGAGAUUUAGAGACCCGCUUGGUGUGCCUUUCCAUCUGACCUACUCAGAUGGACUCCUGCGAGACUUUCGGUAUCUGCCGGAGAAUGACUUGGCAGCACAGGGUGACAUGGGCGGCCCGAGCGAUGUCGCGAUGUCACAGAGCCCGAGGAAGAUGAAGAAGUGCACGUCGGGACCGCCACGUGGGCAGACGCCCGCAGGCAGAAGGAAGGUGAACCCGAAGGCGGUGCCAACGACCGGAAACACCGCAGGUGCACGAACUCAGGUUCCCAGACGCCGUCGACGCCCCGGGAUGACAACUUUGUCGGAAAUCAGAAAGUUGCAACGAUUCACCGAUCUUUGCUUGGCUUUCAGGUCGUUCUUGCGUCUCAUGCGCGAGGUUGUGGAGGAGGACAUUGCUCCGGGUAUGGGUGUGAGGUUUCUGAUGAUGGCGGUGCGUGCUUUGAUGGAGGCUGCCGAGGUGUACCUGGUCGCCAAUUUCGAGAACACCAACGAGGUGGCCAUCCAUUCGAAGAGGGUGACGAUCCAGAGAGAAGAGGACGAAAGACAAACCGUACGCAUCAUGUCAAUGUCAGUAGCACAGGUGGAGGCUGCUCUUGCAGAGGUAAUGGAGUAUGCAAAGGAGGGCGUCCACUACAAUGGUGACAGCGAGUUGUCUUUGCUUCAGGACAGGGUGUCGAGCGAAGAGAUGUGCGAAGAAGGAGACAUGGACAUGACAAUGCAGCAGAAAGGGGGGACAUAUACACCAACGAACUUGGGCAAGUUACUGGGCACUGUGGCACGGAAUGGGGGAAUGCUGGUUGAUGGGUCGAAGGACGAGUUGAAGAGUGGUGCUGCAGAAAUCUUGGUGUUGUCCAGAAUGAAGGACAUUACACAAACACCGUCAGAAAACUUUCAAGAUGUUUCUGUCAUUGUUGUAGAUUGUGUGGAAUAUAUUAUGCUGGAUCAACUUCUGGACUUCAUGAAAAAGAGUGUCGACGACAGGAACGUCAUCCAUGAGGCGUUGCACGAAGUCACAAAGUUUGCACUGCAGAGUCAAGAUCUGAUAGAAUUUGUGCCAGCAAGAACAGAAGACAACAUUAUAUCUGGCAGACCGUUGUGGGGGGAGUUAUUAUCAGCUGCUUUGGAGCGGCUCGGUCUUGCAAGUUGCGAUGUUGAGAGACAAAGAGAAAGAGCAGAGGGGUGGAAGACAGCAACGAGAGAGGAGCUAGUGUGUUUCAAUAUCUUCAAUGCUUUCACAAUGGAGAAAGAACUGUGUGAUCGUGGAUUUGAAGAGGCCGAUUUGCCAAGUUGUUGUGCAGAGUACACAGACCGUGCAGAAGAAGAAGAUGAAGAAGAGGAUGAGGGGGCAUCAUCUUCUGACGUGGAAGUGAGCGGCAGCGAUGUUAGCAGCGACGAGGAAGACGAGGAACAUGAUGUAUACUAUGAUUUGAAGGCGGCGGGUGGACAAGUGAUAAAAGGGUCUGACUUUACGAAGACAGCCAUGCCAAGAGGAGGGAAGGGGACACGGCCGCCUCAGAGGCCGUUGGGCGCAUCAGGAGGAUAUGAGCGGCAUGGGCCUUGCCAACGAGAGAGUAAUCCAGUCUACAAUGAUGGGGACAUGGAGCUAUUCCUGGACAGUUUCUGGGAGCAUGCGAGACGUAUGGGCUGGACCGUCACUCAGGCGAUUGAGAAAUUGAGGGGAGCAGGUAGGUUCGAAGAGCCCAUCGCCAGGAUUCGUAGGGAGGCGACGACGAGGCAGGAGGUGGAGAUAAGGAUGGAGGAGUUGCGACCCUCGCCUGUAGGACCUGAUGGCAGGCCGAUUCGCCUGGAGAUUGGAAAUGCGUCGGACUUCAUCCCCUCGUUUGAGUGGUUCAUGCAAGAGCAGGGCAUACAGAGAGAUGAUUGGAUGCAGACACUACCACUCUGGACCAGGAAGGCGGAAAGGCCACUGACUAUGCAGAUCAGGGACAUGGCACGAGAUUGGGAAAGUUGCAGGGCACAUUUGAGAGAGGCCUUUCGACGGCCAGAGCUCCCUCAGCCCAGAGUCGAGAGGCGGCAGAGGAGUCAGAGGCCGAGGGACCCUGAGCCCAGGGAGGCGAGACCAUCUCGAGGAGGACGGAAGACCCUAGCCAGGAGAGAGCAGGAGCCAGAGGAUGAGGAGCGAGGGGCAUACCCUGAGUGUGGGUUGGGGCCAGUGGAGUUUCAUCGUUUUACUGAGGGUGGAUUGAGGAGGUCGCCAGCACACACACAGGGGAAACCACCAGCGUCAGAGGGGCCCUUGAGGGAAUUGAAGAUGCAUUUAGAUAUCUCUCGGUGGAGGGCGUCGCUUCAGGGUGAGGAGCAUGGAGAGCAGGCAGAGGAGGUGUCACGAGAGGAGGUGUCACGAGAGGAGGUGCCACAGGGGGAGAUACCACGAGAAGAGAUGUCACGGGAGGAGGUGCCACAGGAAGAGGUCCAGGGUACUCAGCGAGAGAGGGGGUUGGGCGAUGAGGGGAGACAUGCAGGGAAGGAAGUGAUAGAGGUUGGAGAAGACACGCCCCCACAGACGCCAGCAGUGGGUUUGAGACUCGGGGGUGCACCAGGGAGCACCCGGCAAGCAAAGGAGGGGUUGCAGAGAGAGGAGACCCCUUUGCCUUCGUCAGAAAAGGCUCCUUCGCCAGAAGAGAGGGCAGAAAGGAGGAGAGAGAGGGCAACUGUAAGGAGAGAAGCUUUGAUCCUGAUUGAUAGGCACCUAUCAGCUCAUGCCCUGGAGCACCCAGACCUGGAGGAGCCAGCACCUGCAGAGCCACGCCAGGAGUCAUGCCAGCCCGAGAAGGAGAUGGAAGCAGAAAUCCCAAGGAGGGUCGACCUCCGCACGAAGGAAAGGGUGCCAGCUGGAGAGACGGCCGAAAAAAAGAGGGCAAGACGAACCAGGCGGAUAGAUGAGAUAUGGCAGAAGAGGCAGAGGUUGGAGGCAGCUGGGGAGCUCCCGGAACAGCAGCAGGAGAGGCAGAGAUCGGAGGCAGCAGGAGCACUCCCGGGUCAGCCGCCCAGCGUGCCAGCCAAGGCCCCGGAAAUUCCUGAAAUGUGGAGAGACUUCUGGGAGCAGAGAGGAGAGGAGCUUCCAUCACCAGUCAGAGCCGGGUUUGGGGUGGUCAGGAAGGCGAAAGAAAGGUUAGAUCGUAAAAUCAAGUUYCUGGCCAAGACCACUUUUGACCGGCACUUGUUAUUAGAGGGCGAUCUGGCGGGGAAGAAAAUGAAGGAAGCCAGCCAUGGAGUACGUCUGGAGGCUAUGGAGGUGGAAAUUCAGGAACUUAGGGCUUUGGUGGCCAGCCAGGCAGCUAUCAUUGAGAGCCUGAGGCAGCAAACCCAGGGAAAGGUGGACAGACCAGAGAGCAGCCGGCAGGGAGAGCAGAGGCAGCCAGGACAUGGAUUGCCAGGACAGCCAUCUGCGACAGAGCCUCGCCAGGAGUCGCCUAUGGGGAGAGUUAUCCUGGAGCCAGAGGAGGCGAGAGCCCAGAGACAGGCGGAGAGAGAGGCGUUCGAGUUUAGAGCCCCUACUGAGCUCGCGACGCUGCCGGUGGCGGCGGUAGGCCUAGUCGUACGUUUGGCAGUAGAGGAGGGGCUGCCACCAUCUAGCAGUGAGCCGACUCAGGGUUCGGCAGAGAGAUCCAUGGGCGUGCUCCUUGAGGCGGUGCAUACUAUGCAGGAGGAGGUGAGUUUGUUUUCACCUGAGCAGAGGAUAGAGGAGCCUCUUGAGAGAGAGAUGGGGAUUGAGGAGGAGGGUGCCAUCGAGGGCAGACUCCAGAGGAUAGGCACACCUGAGUAUGGACCAGAGGAGAUUGAGGAGCAGCACACGGUAGUGCCAGGGGCGGCACUCGAGAGGAGGCCUCAGAGGUUGGACACGCCCGAGUACGUUCCAGCGACAGAAGAUUUAAGAGGCAGACUAGGAUUUUGGGCUACUGGAUCUGGGUCUGGUGGACCAGUUCCGGGGACAGAGCGACAGGAAGUCGUUGGUACCGCAGCUCCUCAAACAGAGCAGCAGGGGGUUGUCAGUACCUUGGCAGGAUCUCCUUCAUCACCACCUUCUCAGCCCGGGAAGAAGAAGUUCAAGAGGAAGGUUGAUCAACUAUGUUUCUACUGCAAGAGGAGCGGGCAUCACGCUUUGGACUGUCUCGAGUUUCUUGAGGAUAAGGCAGCAGGGAAAAUUUCAGAGGUAGGGGGUAAAAUGUAUGAUAGACAGGGUAGGAUAGUAGAGAAGUCCGCAGAUGGACUUAGGGCUCAGUUAUAUAGGCAAAACCAGGAGGAGUUGAGGAGGUAGGGCCGGCUUUGUCUAUAUAAGCGAGCGGGCAUUUUGUGAGGCAUCAACUUAGGUUCUGUGUGAUACUCUCUUAGACUUAGAAGACAUUUUGAUGA